AUGGCGUGGCCCUGCAUCAGCCGCCUGUGCUGCCUGGCGCGCCGCUGGAACCAGCUCGACCGCUCCGACGUGGCGGUGCCACUCACCCUGCACAGCUACUCGGACCUCGAGAGCGACGAGCCCAGCCUGGUCAGCGGCAGCGCUGCCGCUCGCAGGGGCCCGACUCCGGCAGGCGCCCGGGACUCCGGCCGGGACGUGCCGCUCACUCAGUACCAGCGGGACUUCGGCGUGUGGACGGCGCCCGCGGGGCCCAAAGAUGCGGCGCAGGGACGCGGAUCCGGGCCAGGCGGCCGCAGAGGCAAGUCCUCUGCGCCCAGUGCCCGAGAGGUCUACGUGCUGCCCAUCGGCGACGGGGACUCGGCUGCCGCGGCCACCACGUCCUACAGGCAGGAGUUCCAGGCGUGGACUGCAGUGAAGCCCACAAGACCCGCCAAGGCAAAGCCCACCAAGGUCGUCACAACCCACACGUCAUCGUCGUUGGCGUCGGGGUGGGAUAGCGGCCCCGGGGCCAGCUUCCAGGUCCCUGAGGUGAGGAAGAAGUUCACUCCCAACCCCUCAGCCAUCUUCCAGGCAUCAGCUCCCCGGAUCCUCAAUGUGUGACUGCUGGGUGCCCUGCCGCUGCCACCUACCGAGGGACCAGGCUGGGGCACACGCAAGCCCUCUGUCCACUACCGUGCUGCAGCCAUGCAGCCAUCCUGCUGUGCUUCAGUCUGAGGCCCAAGGGCCAGGUCAGCUGUGAUCUGUGAGGACCAGGGACGUGCGUGGCCCCCAGUGAGGUGUGUGCUGGGGGUUCUCCAAGCAUGUGUGUUGGCUGCAGUAGUUCUGGAACCCACAGGAACCCACGUGGGGUACCCGCUGAGUGACUGCUCAACGCCAUAUGUGUAAGCCUGAAGAAGGCUUCUUAUCACCUGCAUGUGACGCAUAGUGAUGCUGGGUGACUGAAAAUUUCUCCAGGGCUCAUGUGGAAGGUGUUCCUUAGUAGCUGAGAUGACCCUUGCGUGCUAGCAAGUGAACUAGUACCAUGUGACAGGUGCCCCCCCAAAUGACUGAACUCUGCCACUUCGGGGAAGAACUGGGAAGGAGGGGACAUUCCCUGAAGGACUCUGACCCUGCUGCCCGUCCUGCUCUUACUCGCGGUGACAGGGCAGCUCAUCUUGUCUGGAAUGCUGUCCCUGGUUGGUGUGUGGAGAUGCUACCCAGGAAAGCUGUCUCCAACAAGCCUGCGGGUAUCUGGUAAGGAAGCAUCCAGAUUUGGCCUCUCCUGGUGGGCGUUCAAGCCGCCUUCACCUGGUCUUCAGCGCCCUGGCCUGGUGGCACGGGGCAGUGCCCACAGUCUCCCCUAAGGUGCUAGUUCCGGCAGCACAGCCGGCUCUGCUCCAGGAACUGCUCUGAUCUUAAAGGGACAGCAGACCCACAUGCUGGCACACAGGGCUGUCGCAGACCCCACUGGUGUGCACACUGGCUGUUCUUCAGAGACUGCCUGCAGAGCUCCGUGGGAGAGGAGCAGAUUUUUACUAAAAUGCACUGUUUGUUCAUUUCUGUUAAAUGAUAAACGCAGACAUCUUCUGGUACUUUUGCUUUUAUCCCAUCUCCUGGCCAUUUGGACCUGGAUGUAGCACGGCUGCGGCCAUGACCCUCACAGGCCCCUCAGCCUUGAGCAUGACUCUCUGCGGCUGCAGCUGCCUCCCACAGAGCCCAGCAGCUCCCAGCAGAAGGAUUGGGUUGGGGAGCUAGUCUCAGGUUCAAACCCCAACCCAGCUUCUCCAUUCCUUGAGCUGCGGGCUCUCCUGUGAGGUGACACCCAC